ACCGAUUAUACAAUGCACCAAGAUUGGUGUAGAGUGAUAGCAGACUUGAAGAAUGACAAGAUUCUUUACUUAAAGGAGAAGAAUGAGCUGGACAGCAGUUUGUUGAAUACUCUCUAUGUUGUAUCGGAUAUAACUGGAAGCAAAGAAGAAGUAGUUAAAGAAAUUAAGCAUAUAGAAGAACUUCUUUCUAAUAAGAAGGUUGAUGAUGAGCUUGAUAUAACCCGAAGCUUGACUACAAUAUUCAAGGAGCUAUCGAAUAACAAGAAUCUUGAAGUAGAGUGUGACGAAUUCACAGUAGGUACACGAGAAGAUAAAAAGAUGGACUUAUUUUGUGGGUUUAAGCUAGUAUAUACUUUUAAUGAGAAAAAAAAUGGAAUAUUAGCAAAGAUAACUCCUGGUCAUUGUACAAUAAGAUUAUUAAAAAACUUAUUGUCUAGUGAAGAGGAAAAUAUUAUUAAAAAAAAGCUGACUGAAAUACAAAAUACUUAUAGUAAUAUAGAGAGUUACACUGCAUACACAAUUAGACAGUACAUAAACAUAGAACUUGCUAAGAUGGAAAAGGAGUAUGCAUUGGGCCGAAUUCAAGAAAGUAUUAGAAAUAAUCAUGAUAAUAUAAAUGAUAUUUUACUUCACGGGAUGAUUCUAUCUGUUGAUCAAAAAGUAAACAUUGUUAAAUACUUCUUGGCCGUGCACGUAAAUAAUACUCUACCAAAAAACAAUUCACUAGUUCGGUUUACCAAUAAUCUCAUAGGAAGCACUCCAUUGGAUGAUUCAGCAACAAGAAGAAGGAUGCUGUUUUAUUGCUUGCUUAAUAAAGACAGCAAUGACUACUAUCCAAGAAUUGGGAGCUGCUGGGAAGAGGUUACUACAAUCACUCCAUAUAAAUUUGAUGCAAUAAUUAGUGACAUCUUACAUAAUUCAGACUAUUCCAUAGACGUUAAAUUAGAGUGCAUUAAAAAGUUGAUGAUGGUCGUGGUAAAUAGUGAUGAGAAGUAUGUUAUUAUUUCAAGUUUGUUCUUAAUUAGAGGUAUAGUGGAUUUUUCUAUAAAGACUAAUGAACUAACUGAAACACUUUUAGAGUUCAUAAAAAUAAUAGAUGAAACAGUUAUUCAGCCAGAUGGGUCAAAUAUGUUUGUUAUUUGCUUAAGAUGGAUUGUCAGUAUAGGAUCAGAUGAUUGUUACAGUUUAGAUGAUAGGAAAGAGAUUAUAAAGACGCUAAUGGAUCAAAUAGAUGUUAAUUAUAAUUUUAAUCUAGAUAACACAUGGGAUAGUUGGAUUCGUGACAAUUAUUUCGAUAUAUUGGAAAAUUUAGAAACGAGUAAGGAUCUAUUUUGUGAUAAAGAAAUCCCAGAAAUUGUUGAAAAAUACGACUAUCUUAUAGAAAAAAUAAAAAGCGCACUUAACUCAGCAAACUCGGAAGUUUCCAGUGAGCCUUGAAUCCUUCCACACGUAGAAAUGCAUAAGUGAAUAUUGUUUGUAUAUAAGGUGUAAGAAUAUACUGCUUUUCUUUAUAUACGCAGAUUUAUUGGCAGAGCAUAGA